GGAGACAACUGGUCGUUCAUAGCAACCUGUGUCAACUUUUUUUAAUGCAGUUAGUUGAUACUUAUUUCUCACUUCAACUAUCGGAAACAUUUAAAUGCUACUGUUGGAGUAAAACCAAGGAAAAAUGUCCAUUGCUAUUGCACAAGCCAGAUACAUAUUUGGCCUCAAGUCUGGGGUGUCAGGCAACAUCUGCUAUCAUGAUGAGCAGACUAUUGUCUACCCAGCUGGCUCCAACUGCAUUCUUUACAACACUGAUCAAAAGACACAAAAGUUCAUUCCAGGCACAGACAAGAGUGAAGAAAUGACUGCCUUAUGUGUCAGUCCUAAUCGCAGAUAUGUGGCUAUAGCUGAGAGAGGGGAAAAACCAAUGAUUACAAUUUAUGAUCUUCAUUCACUGCGUAAGAAAAAAGUUUUGAGCUCUAACGAGGUGCAGUCCAGUGAAUUUGUGAGCCUGGCAUUCUCUCCUGACUCUAAGUACCUGGUGGGCCAAAGUGGCAAGCCUGACUGGACCCUUGUCUACUGGACUUGGGAGAAGUCCAAGAUCAUGGCAUCAAUCAAAACUUCAAACCCACAAAAUCCUAAUUCUGAAGUCUAUCAGGUCAGCUUCAAUCCACAAGACAACACACAGUUGUGUGUGGUGGGCAAUACAGUGUUUAAAUAUCUGCGCUACAGUGAGGGAAAUUUAAAACCUUUCAAUUUUCAAAAGACUGAGCCCCAAAACUACUUGUGCCACGCAUGGGUGUCUGAGGAUAGAAUCGUUGUGGGCACAGACUCAGGCAAGCUGCUGCUCUUUGAAGCUGGAGAGCUCAAGAAAGAAUAUAACCUUGCCAACAUUGAGGCAUCUGUCGAUGAAAGCACAUCCACCAUUGAAGCUGCACAGAUCGGGGCCAUUGUAUCAUUCUCCAAAGGCUUUGCGUGUGCUUUUGGUCAAGGAACUGUUUAUUUAUUUGAAAAAUCUGAGGACAAAGACUUCUUCAAGAAAACCAGAGAAAUAAUGAUUCCCCCAGAUCUGUGCAACAGUCAGGACCCGUCCAUAUCCCAGCAACAAAUGUUUCGCUGCCUGACAGUCAGUCCAUCAGAGGAGACUUUGAUUGGCAGCACGGACCAGUGUCAGUUGUAUUACCUGACUUUGUCUAGUGCUGACCUGACUAAAGGCGACCAAGCCAAUUUUGAAGUCUUGUCUCAAGUGUUCCACAACGCACCCGUCACAGGUUUGGAUGUCUGCAUAAGAAAACCUUUGAUCGCAACAUGCUCUAUGGACAGAUCCGUCAAGAUAUGGAACUAUGAAACCUGCAAUCUGGAGUUGUACAAGGUAUUUGCUGAGGAAGCUUACAGCAUUGCCCUCCACCCCUCAGGCCUGUACAUUCUGGUUGGGUUUAGUGACAAACUCCGGCUGAUGAACCUGCUCAUUGAUGACAUCAGAACCUUUAAAGAGUUUACUGUUCGAGGCUGCAGGGAGUGUGCAUUCAGCAAUGGCGGCCAUUUGUUUGCCUCUGUGAUGGGUAAUGUCAUUCAGCUGUACUCCACCACCAGCUUUGAGAAUGUCUCAAACUUAAAGGGUCACAAUGGCAAAGUGAAAGCUGUGGUCUGGAGUGUGGACGACAGCAAGCUCAUCUCCUGUGGUAUGGAUGGGGCUGUGUACGAGUGGGACGCCUUCACAGGGAAGAGGACCAGCGAGAGCGUCAUGAAGUCCUGCAGCUACACCAGCGUCACCGUCACACCAGACGGGAAAGCCACUUUUGCUGUUGGCUCAGAUAAAACUUUGAAAGAGAUUGCCGAUUCACACAUCUUGCGAGAAGUGCCGGCCGCUGAGAUGACACUGAGUGCUGUGGUCAUGUCUCACUCAGGCCGCAUGCUCUUCGCAGGUACCGUGAAAGGUGGAUUAUGGUCAAUGAAAUUUCCAUUGGCUGUCCCAGGUGACUGGACGGAGCAUCAAGGUCAUGGGGCUGCCAUAGUCAAGAUGAAAAUCACUUUUGAUGACCAAUAUUUGGUGAGUGUGGCGGAGGAUGGGACAAUAAUUUUGUGGAAGAUCCAAGAUAAAGAAGGCCGGGGCUUAAAGAGAGACAAGGAAGUUGGCUGGGCAGAAGAGAUUUUGAUUACCAAAAGUGACUUGGAAGAAAAAAACUCAACUGUGUCUGACUUAAACUCUCGGGUUGAAGAGCUCAAGAUGGAAAAUGAAUACCAGCUUCGUCUCAAAGACAUGACUUACAAUGAAAAAAUGAAAGAGUUGACUGAAAAAUUUAUCCAAGAAAUGGAGUCUCUAAAGACCAAAAAUCAGGUCCUGAAAACAGAUAAAGACAAAGAAGAAGCAAAUCACGAGGAAGAAAUGGCAGAACUGAUGGACAAGCAUGCUAAGGAACUGCAGGAUUUAGAAUCUGCCAACAACCAGAAGCUGAUGCUGGAGUACGAGAAGUUCCAAGAGCAGCAGGCCAAGAUGAUGAAGAUGCAGGAGGAUUAUGAGAGACAGCUGCAGGAGAUGGAGGAGAGCAAAGAAAAAGCUUUGGAAGAGCUGACAGAAUAUUACGAAACAAAGUUACAAGACAUGACCACUAAGCUGGAACAGUUAAAUGAUGAAGGGAGACAACAAAACAGAGAAUAUGAAGAAACAAAGAAACAAAUAGAGGAAGAUGGGGACAGGGAGAUUCUAGAUAUCAAACAUCAGUAUGAAAGGAGGCUCAGAGAUGAAAAGGAAGCAAACAUGAGGCUCAAGGGAGAAACUGGCAUCAUGAAGAAGAAGUUCACCAGCUUACAGAAAGAAAUUGAUGAUCAUAAAGAUGAGAUUAAAAAGCUUCAAGCAGAGACCUUAAAACUAAGCAACGUUAUUCGCAGUCUGGAGAAAGAUAUCCAAGGACUAAAGAAAGAAAUUCAGGAGCGAGAUGACACUAUUCAGGACAAGGAAAAAAGAAUUUAUGACCUAAAAAAAAAGAACCAGGAGCUAGAGAAAUUUAAAUUUGUUUUGGACUACAAAAUCAAGGAGCUCAAAAAGCAGAUUGAGCCCAGAGAGAUGGACAUAAAAAAUAUGAAGGAGCAGAUUCAGGAGAUGGAGAGCGAGCUAGAGAGGUUUCACAAGCAAAACACUCAGCUUGAACUCAAUAUUACUGAACUGCGUCAAAAACUCAAAGCUACAGACAAGGAGAUGCACCAAGAGAGGCAAAAGGUUCGGGAUGUUGAGGCCAUUGUACGGCGAUUCAAAACUGAUCUCCAUAACUGCGUUGGUUACAUUCAAGAUCCAAAAAUGUUGAAAGAAAGCAUCAAGGCACUUUAUCAGAAACAUGUUCAAGAAGAUAUUACCGAGUCUGCUAGUGUUGAUGCUGAUAUUCAGAAAGAAUUUAGUCGUCAAAAAGAACAUUUAGAAAGAUCAGUGGCAAGUUUACGGAAAAAGUUGGAGAAAGAUUCGGAAAUACACAAAGCUGAUAACGUUCGUAUUAUGCAGGAAAAUGUAACGCUGAUUAAAGAAAUAAAUGACCUACGUAAAGAGUUAAGAAUUUGUAGAGUCCUGAUUCAUGACAUGGAAGCCGCUAUGGGUUUGGAUCUAAGAUCCAAAAAAUCUGGGCCAACUAUCCCACUCCCACCCAAACCACAUGGACCGCUGGUGGAGAAAGAACUGGAGGAACAUAAGAAAGUCAUAGAGAUGCAGCAGCUUGAACUCAAGAGACUCCGGGAUGAAAUUUAUGAUUUGGAAAUCAACUCUUCAAGGCCAAUGUCUAAACAAAGACUACCACCAGUUCCUGCUGUGGGCCAGUGAAAAACACAACGAAGUGCUUGCCUCAAGUUUUUACAUGUUGAAAAAGCCAAUUAGAACCAUUCAUUUGUUUUAUCAUUUUUAUACUACUUUUUUUUGUAAACAAUCGCAAAAUACAAUAGAGGUAGUAGUCCCUAAGAUACUGCAAUCCUCAAAAUGUUGAAAUGACAGCCAUGGAAAAUAUUGCUCAAGCACAUUUUUAGAUACAAAACAAUUGUCAUAUAGUUACAUUUGAAUUGUUGAAGAAAGGUGGUAGUCUGAAAAUAUUUAGCAAUGCCAGCACUUUUACAAAAUCAGUCAUCAACAAAAUUAAGCAAAGACUUGGCAAAUACAUUUUCCUUAAAAAAAUUAUCAAAAAAUGUUGGGCAACUGUCAUCUUCUUUCCCCCCCCCCCCCCCAUAAAUUUGUCCUAUCGAGAAUGUAUACCAUAUAUUGAGUGAUAAAUCACAAGUUGCCUCAUUGUUAGCUACUAAAUAAAAUAAAUUUUAGUUUUUAAACUUGGUUAACUUUGAUGAAU